UUCAAAAAUUCAGCGGCGGUUGUGGAAGCUCUUGGAACUGCUGACCGUAUUUUCUCUUUAUUUUUGUCACUUUUAAAGCUGUUUUUAGUUCUGUACUUUGUUGGAAUCAUGUCGUUUCCCAGGGCUCCAUUGAAAAGGUUUAAUGAGCAUGUCGGUUGUGCUCCUCCACCAGGUACAUACGACCUAAAGCCUGGCGAGGUGAAGGGUGCUGCUUCGUUCCACAAGGCAGAGCGCUUCAGACCACAAAAACUUGGACCACCCGUUUCCAAAGAUGUGCCCAUGUCUCCAGUGCGCAGGACCAUGUCAGUGGAUGGCUUGUCCGAGAGUGCAAAAAAGGACAAGAGCAGCUUUCAAGUAGAAAUGAAACAGCAGAAGCUGCUGGAGAAAGAGAUCCGUUCACUGGUUCAGCAGAGAGGAGAACAGGACCGCCGGGUUCAGGCCCUAGAGGAAGAGCUUAAGAAGCUGGAGGCUAAACUGCUGGCUGCUGUGAGAGAGAAGACGGGUCUCGCGGCUAGUGUGGCCUCUUUUGAAAGACAGCUUGCCGAGUUAAAGAAAACCAACGAGUUCCUCAAGACCAAGGUUUCUGCAGACACCACAAAGAAGAAAAUCCAUUCACUGUCUAUGGAGCUCAUGGAAGCAAGAAACAAACUGGAUGCUAAAGACAAGGAGCUGAGUUUUCUGAAGAUCAGCUCAGAAGGCACUGUAAAGGUGUUGGAGACUGAUCUUGAAGCUUCAAAAGCAACUCUAAAUGCUAUUAAACAAAGGAAUAUAGAUCUUGAGGUCCUUCAUGAAGACACUAAAGCUCACAAUGAGGAGCUGGAGAAAGAAGCGGAUAAGCUGCAUGCUGUUAUACAGGAGCUGAGGGAGGAGGGCAAAGUGCUACAGAGUUACCUUGAUGCAGCAAAUGAAAAUAUUCAGGACCUUAGAGGUAACCUGCAGGACAAGUCUUCAAUGGAGAGGCGUGUCUCAGAUUCUCAAGAGAAACUCUGUGAGAUGGAGCAGAAGUUGGAGCAGCGCACGGUGGAGCUACAGGAGUCUCGGAGGGUACUGAAGGAGAUGGAGCAGGAAUUGCAGAGAUGCCAGCAGGAGCUGCAGGAGUGUCACAGCACUCUUGGCAAGCGAGAGAAAGAGCUGGAAGAUCACCAGCGUGAACUGGAUGCCUCUCGGGCUAUGCUGGACACGCUGGAGGAGAAGACCUUACAGGCAGCACAGGAGCUGAAGGAUUCGCAGAGCACUGUGAAACAGCAAGAGCAGGAGCUGGCCCGAGUGAGGGAGGUGCUGAGAAGAACAGAGGAGGAGUUGGACCAGCGUGUGGCCCACAUGAAUGAGCGUUGCUUGAAUAUGGAGGAUGAGAGAGCUAGGACACAGGAGGAAGGGCUGAGGAGAGUGCAGGAGCUCCUGGCUGAGGUUAGCUCACUGGAGGAGAGCAAGAAGUGUGAGAAAGAAGCUCAUGACCAGCUGAAGCAGAAGCACUCUGCACUGACUGAACAGUUUAAAGAAGAGAAGACUCGUAAUGACUCCCUGUCCAGCAUGAUGGCAACUCUGCGUGAUGAAAUGAGCAAAGAGAAAAAGCAGUUGGAGGAAGAACUGGAAGAGGUAUUGGAGGAAGUGAACAUAAUCGAGGAGCAGGACAAGCUACUGCAGGAAACAGUCCAUCUUCUGACUCAGGAGAACAUCACAAUGAAGGAAGAAUUAAACCAUACCCGUGCAGAGCUUGAAAGCAGGAAUCAAGCAGAGCGGACGACUUUGGAAGAGGUUCAUCAGGAGACUGUAAAGAAACUCAAGGAUAAACACAACGGUUCACUGGGAAAGAUUGGCGACAUGGCCACUGAGCUAGAAAGUGCCACACAGGCUCUGAGUACGCAGAGAGAGCAGGACGAGGCUCGUGUAGUGGAGCUGAAGCAGGAGCUCAGCAGAAUUACUCAGCAACUGCAGGAUGAACAGAAUAAACUUGUUCAACAACAGCACACUCAGGAAAAGGAGAGGGAGGAGUGUGCCAGGAUGUUACUGGAGGUUCAGACUCGGCUUGCCCAAUGUGAGGCAGACUUGAAACAGGCCAGAGUGGAAGUAGGACAAGAGCAAGAGGAGAAGCAGCAAGCUCUGGCUCAGCUGGAGCAAAACAAACAGCAUAGGAGUGAGUUGGCAAAAGGCGAGGUUCAGGAGGCACAGUUCUUACUGCAGCGGGUGGAGGUGCUGAGGCAGGAGAAGGAGCGGCUCCAGCAGCAGAUGGUGCAGGAGAAGGAGCGGCUCCAGCAGCAGAUGGUGCAGGAGAAGGAGCGGCUCCAGCAGCAGAUGGUGCAGGAGAAGGAGCGGCUUCAGCAGCAGAUGGUGCAAGAGAAGGAGCGGCUUCAGCAGCAGAUGGUGCAGGAGAAGGAGCAGCUCCAGCAGCAGAUGGUGCAGGAGAAGGAGCAGCUCCAGCAGCAGAUGGUGCAGGAGAAGGAGCAGCUCCAGCAGCAGAUGGUGCAGGAGAAGGAGCAGCUCCAGCAGCAGAUGGUGCAGGAGAAGGAGCAGCUCCAGCAGCAGAUGGUGCAGGAGAAGGAGCAGCUCCAGCAGCAGAUGGUGCAGGAGAAGGAGCAGCUCCAGCAGCAGAUGGUGCAGGAGAAGGAGCAGCUCCAGCAGCAGAUGGAGCAGGAACGCUAUGACUUAAAGCACCAGCUCACAGAGGCACAGAAAAGCACAUCAAAUGAUGAGACUGAGCACUGGAGAAACUUGUAUGAACAGCUCUACGAUAAAGUUAAGCCCUUCCAGGAGCAGCUGGAUGGCUUUGCGGCUGAGAGGGACGCGCUGCGCUCUGAGAAAGGGGCCACUCAAGCAGAACUGAAUAAGCUGGCAAGCGCGUAUGCCAACCUGCUGGGCCAUCAAAACCAACGACAGAAAAUCAAGCACAUGGUCAAGCUUAAGGAGGAGAACUUGGAGCUCAAGCAGGAAGUGAAUAAGCUCAGGACACAGGUGGGAAAGCAGAAGAGGGAGCUGGAGCAGCUCAAGUCCCAUCAGGCCCCAUGCCGGUUUGACCCCAGUAAAGCUUUCAAACAUGAACAUAAAGAGAACCAGCAGCCUGCUGUCUCUCUUAGAUAAAGAAGGGAUCUUCAAGUCAGUUACAGUCUCAAGUAACCAGCGGUUCUAUUUAUAUAUAUAAAAUGUAUUGUCACGUUGUCAUUAAAGGGUUGUUUUCUAUUCUCUCACUAAAAAAAGUGUGCUAGGAAGAACCUGGCAAGGAAAAGUGAUAAAGCAGUUCUAGGUGGAUUUUGUUUUCUGUCUUAAGGCAAGUGUUGAGGGGAAUUCCUUGUGCACUUAGGUGUUCCUAUUCUCUAUGGUAUCUGGACACUUGAGGGUGUGUUUUAUUUUUAUCGACGAUGUUUCAGGUCAUCAGUGCUACAGGGCUUAAAAUAGGAGCAUGUAUAUAUAAUUAAGAUUUUUUAUUGAAAAAUUUUUAUGUCUAGAUUGCCCAACUAUUAGAUAUGUAAUAGGUAUGUGGUCAGUAUGCUGUAAGAGUGGUUUGUGCAUGCCCAUGCAUUGCUUUCGCUAUAAUUCUGAUUCAUUUUUGUAACCUUUGAACUUUUUCCUCAAUCUAAUUUCUCACUCCUGUUAAUCCAAUUUAUAUUUUCAAUCCAAUUUCUCAUCCCAGUUCAGCACAUUUCAUGUACCCUAAUUUAAUGACUUGGCUGCUCCUUUUCUUUGGUUGAAUGCUUUACUUUUCAGAGCUUUUGAAAAUCUUUUUUUAUAGAAUUUUAAAUGUGGUAAUUGUUGUGCUAUGUAGAACAGUUAUUUAAUAAAAAAAAAAAUACAUAAAACAA